UUUUUUUAAUUUUUAUUUGGUGCCCAAUGGAAAAAGUAAAGGAAGGUGGACGUCAAUUAGUUGCUGGAGGAACUGCUGGGAUGAUUGAAGUUUGUUUAAUGCAUCCUUUGGAUUUGGUUAAAACAAGGCUUCAAAUUGGCGGGGGACAUUAUAAGGGACUUUUGGAUUGUUUUGGGCAAAUAUUUAGAAAAGAAGGAUUUUUGGGUUUCUACAAAGGAAUACUUCCCCCAAUACUUGCCGAAACCCCAAAACGAGCAAUUAAAUUUGCAACGUUUGAUCAAUACAAAAGUUUAUUGGAGCCUUUACAAGAAUUUCAAGUUCCUUUAUAUGCUUUUGUUAUUUGCCCAUUUGAAGCAGUCAAAGUUCGCCUUCAAUCAGAAAUGAAUGUUUCCCUUACUCAACAAAAAAGUGCAGUAACAAUGGCUAAAGAAAUAAUUAAAACAAAUGGUUUGGGCACAAAUGGAUUAUAUUUAGGGUUGGGGGCUACUUUGUGGAGACACGGUGUUUGGAAUCUUUUUUAUUUUGGUUUAUAUCAUAAUUUGAAAAUUUUGAUUAUUUCAACCCCAACUCAACAAUCCUUCUCACAAACAAAUUCAUCGGGUAGUGUACUCCUAAAACUUGGACUUGGAUUUAUUUCUGGUUCAAUAGCUUCUAUUGCAAAUAUUCCUUUUGAUGUUGCCAAAAGUCCCCAACCAAAAGGAAAAUCUAGAACAUAUAUUACAACUUGGCAAACAAUUUCAUUAAUUAAACGAGAAGAGGGUAUAGCUGCACUUUAUAGGGGAUUAUUACCUAAAGGUAAUUAAUAAAGUGUUUAUUUCUAAAAAAAUUAAGUAAUGCGACUUGGUCCUGGAGGAGGAAUUAUGUUGGUUGUUUAUGAGACAGUUUAUGAAUUUUUAUCUAGAC